UGCCGGCCGGUAUCGGAGAGGUCGCGGAAGCGCGCCAGUCGACGCCAGUCGACGGCGAGACUUCGCCCGCGUAGCUUCUUCCUUUGCCUUUCUCUUUCUCUCUUUCUUUCUACGCUACGUCCAUUCGUCCGUCUAUCUGUCUGUUGCUUAUCCUUGUGAAAAAUUUCCGCGAUAAUCGAGGCGUGGAAUUGAAUCUCCCUUUUUCGCGCACGAACGUUCCCGCGAGGUAUUCGCAAAAGAGUGGAAGACAUCACGUGACAGCCGCGUGAAAGACGCGGGACCAUCGGCGAAACGAUCCUCAAGAGUGACAUCUGCGGACGUGGAUCUUCGCCUCGUGGAACGGGAUCGUUUGAUGUAGAGCCGAGGAGCUAUGACGAGGACGACGCGCCGAUUUUUGCUGCUGUUGCAGAUGCUGAUAGGGGUUUGUCAUGGGAUUCAGCAGUUUGAGGAAAUGCCGCAGUACACCGAGGUGAAUCCUGGCCAGGACGCGAAGCUGGUGUGUCGAGUCCUCGGAAAGAGAGGGCAAUGCAUUUGGCAGAAGGAUCAAAAGCCGAUAGGUAUGCACCUGAAAAAAUACGAAUGGGUGGGCUCGCCAGACAUGGGCGACUGCUCGUUGUGGGUGAGAUCGGCGACCUUAGAGUUCGAUGACGGGCUUUGGCAAUGUCAAGUAACCGCAAGUGAUUUCACGACGCAGGACGCGUUAGCAUCCGAACCAGCGAAGCUGGUCGUCAGAGUCAGCCCUCAGCGACCGCAGAUAGAGUACACCGACCGUCUAAUUCUCCCAGGCAGCAACGUGACAGCCCGAGCAGGUGAGAUCGCUACGCUCACAUGCAGAGCGCGGUAUGGGAAUCCUUCGCCUCUAAUUAAAUGGUACGUGGGCGAGACCGAGCUGAGGACGUUGCGGCCUCAGGUAAACUCGACCGAGUUAGAUAAUCCGCGCACUUGGGCGACCUACAGUGUUUGCGAGAUUCUGGCUGAGCGAUCACGUUACGGCCAGCCGAUCAGAUGCGUUGCCAUCCAUCCGGCGUACGCUAAUCCUACCAUGUCGUCCAGCACCGAAGUGAGGUUCGACGUGCGAUACGCGCCAGAGACGAGAUUAGUCGGCGUCCCAACCGGCCAGCUCGAGGAGGGCCGCGAUCAACUGGAAAUCCGAUGUCUCGCCGACGCUAACCCACCGGCUGCGAUACUCUGGAGGAAAACGAAGAGCCCUGGCGUGACCGAGGUAGCCAGUAUCGGGGCGACCCUGAUGUUCUCCCCAAUUUACAGAAAUCACGCCGCCGUUUAUCUCUGCGAAGCGUCGAACACCGAGGGGGAAAGCAGUCCAAUCUCGGUCCAAGUGUCUGUAAACUAUCCACCGAUGAUCACCGCAGUUGGACCAGAUCGAUUGACAACUGCAUUGUUGUAUUCUGGUGCGUCAUUCGAAUGUCAAGCAGAUGCGAUGCCGCCAGCUGAGUACAGAUGGGCGCAGAUAUUCACGGACGGCCGAAUGCCAUUGGAAUGCGGAACAGGUCAACGAUUGAUCCUGACGAACGUGACGUACGAGCAACAGGGUCAAUAUAUAUGUCUCGCCUCCAACAAGAUCAAUGGCAACAUCAGGGAAGUUAAAAGCGACCCUGUGUCUCUGCAAGUGGUUGGCGCUCCACGGGUGGUGAAGCCGGCCAUCACAGAGAAGUUCGUCGUCGUAACGACGGAGGGUAGCCCGGCCAGAUUAGAGAUCAGACUGUGCUCCGACCCGAAGCCGCGGCUCGUGGCCUGGGAAUGGGGUAGCACCAGACUGCACGCCGGUGAAGUUCUGGAACCGCGUUAUCGCGCGCUUGAUCUGGAGCCGCUGGCUUCGGAGGAUUGUUACAUAGCGAUCUUAGAGUUGACAAGUACGGUAAAAGAGGAUCAAAGGCUAUAUCACGUUAUCGUGGAGAACGAUCGUGGCAGUGACAGACGAGCGCUCAUGCUGAAAGUCGAUGAGCCCGGCCAGAUCCCCCUCGUUAUCGGCGCGGUAGCUGGAUUCACAGUGCUCUCGGUGCUGAUAAUGGGAUUCGUUUGUUUCCUACGUUCGGAUAGAUGCUGCGUAGCCAGAAACACAGUACCGGCAUUGCAGCAAGUGCAUUGUACAAAGGCCUCCAACGCUAUGAUAGAGGAUCCACGUUUGGCAGUGGAUACGAUGGAACGUACGAGUCAGCAGUUCGUUCCGGAGAAGCGAGCCAAUCACGUUCUGAAACCCGUCCCAUCGCAGCAAUAUCAGCAGGAGUGCUAUCAGCACGACCAACAUCAACAGCAACAUUAUCAGAGGCAUCAUCAUCAUGGACAGCCUCAUGGACAAUACACAUUGCAGGAAAAAUUCCUUCUACAGGACGAAGAACGGGACACGCUAAAUCGGAUUAAAAAAGGCAAGGAACGAGGAGCACAAACUUUCCACCUUUUCUCCCGGAAAGAUCUUGAAGGUUUUAUAUAUAAAUAAAAAGAUUGCGUAUUUAUUCUUUCUCCCGAUAUACACGACCAACGUGAAGAUGUAAAAAUAUAGACACACAUUAUUAUAUAAUUAUGUACCAAACGCAUUCUACUAUGUCGUCCAAAAAUUUGUUGGUCCGUUUUGCUGAGGAAAUGAUGCUAAGAAAUGAGAUACAUCAUUCUCGCUCGCGAUUUUACGCGCAUAAAAGUUUAUUACAAUGUUACGAUCGUUAUAUAACGUAACUAUGCGAUUAUAUUGGGACGACAUUAUCCAUUAGAGAAGUUUUUAGACGAGUCUACAUUAAAUUACAAUACUUAUGCAGCGACACGCGCUGCUCGCGCAAGUAUCGAACGUAUCAUGUUCUACAAUCGCGAUAGUCGCUUGAGUGAUUUAUGCGUUCGGUAGGGUGCAUUACGCAUGCAUUUGGUUGCAUCUAGUUCCUAGGUGUCCCUCAACCAAUUACCGCUGUGUCCUUGUUUGUAAUUUAAUUUAGAUAGAUGUACAUAAGUAGAGCGUGUCGAUGAUAAUUCCGCCUAUCCCUUCCUGCCGAUUAAACGCGUGUCUUCCCAUCCAAACAGAGCGCAUCGUUCCUUAUUUUUGUAAAAAAAAAAAAUAAUCGAAUUAAGCUGAAUUGAAUGGAAUUCGCUUCGCUUAGAUUGAAACGCUUAAUCUUAAACAGAAUUCCUAUCGAUUCGCCCGAGUUGGCUCAUUUUUCGCGCGAAUAGCUCAUUCCGUGUUAUUUUGAUUUCGCUUCCCUCUAGAAAGGAGCGUAUUCUCUGCAGCCGCGCGUCCUGCGGGAUUCAAGAACGUAAGACUGAACUCGGCCGAGAUCGCCGAAUUUACGCUUUAAGUAGCAGCACUUGAUGACGGACGACCGAUCGCGCAACGAGAACAUCCAAUCCUUUCGAAAACGUACAACAAUAGUUGUAAUUAAUUGUUACGCGAAAUUUCACACUGCCGUGUCCAAUACUGCCCUUGUUAAAAAGGUUAAAAUUAAAGGCGCGAUUAGAAAAUAUCAAUAAAUGGAUUUUUCCUACAUACCUAUUAAUUAAUCAGUGAGCAAACAAUCUUGACAUAGGAAAAAUUCCUUCUAUAGAAUGAGAAAUGGAAUGUGUUAUAAAUCGGAUUGAAAAGAAUUAAAA